CUAGAUUCGUGGCAGAUGUCCAACAUUAUUCAUCAUUCGGAGAUCGAUCUUUUUUCUUUUCCGUUGCUUUCUUACUAACUUUGAUAACAUCGCAAUUCUUGGAAGCCCGCAUCAAAUCCUAUCGGGAUAUGAAGUUGUAACAUAAUCUUAAAGAUGUGUAUUUUCUGCCCUUCUAGCGCGUAACGGAACUGUAGGAACCAUUCUCUUCGUCUAAAUAUUAUGGCAAAGAGGGGCGGUAGCGACGCUGGAAACCCAGAACGAGGCCAUUAUCUUUGCUCACUAACCCUGAAGACUGAGAAAACAUUGCUUAAGGAAACUUGAAAUCGCAUCAUGGACCCGCUUCCAUCCCGAUUACUUCUUCUUUUUACUGCAGCCAAUCUUUGGUUCGAAGUGGCAUUGGCAAAGGAAUAUUGCGGAUCUGUGGAAGGAAAAGAAUACUUCUGUGAUGAAGGCCAAUGCUGUGGAGAUUAUGACUGCUGUACCUACUUCAAGUACUACAAGACGUGGUGGUUCUGGUUGGUUUGGGCUGUUAUAAGUUUAUUGGGGUGCUGCUGUGCAUAUCACCGCAGACGUUAUUACGGAUGGCAUGGACACAUCAGGAAUUUUGUUUACCCAUUGGCUCCAGCCAGAACAGAAAAUCAACCACUGACUCCCUAUGACGAAUUUUUUUCUGAUCCCAACUACAAACUGCCAUCUUACGCUGAAGUAGAAGCCAUGGGUAGUCUGGGACCUCCAUCUGAUGGGGAAGGUGCCCCUCCCCCUUAUGUGGACCCACUUGCAAAUGAGGAUUUGGACGAUGAUGCUGACGACAUUGAAAAUGGUGAAAUAUUUUUGGAAAGUAGGGUGGAUGAUGAGAGUUCCAGGCCCCUUAUCCCCCCUGACACAGAAGUGCAGACAUCAGAGAACUCAUAAUAAUUCUUCUCAUGAAUUUCUUUUCUCAGCUGAGGGAAAAAAUAUGUGUUCACAAAAAUGUGAAUGCACGGGCCAUUUUUUCACACAAAUCUUCAAGCUGGCUCAGAUGCUGAGUUGACAAGUUAUGAAUACUAGUUGUAUAGGUUUUGAUAAUACAUAUAAAUUGAAACACAUUCUCACAUUGCUAUCAAACAUGAGCAUCUGAAAUAUGAAGGAAACAUUAUUUUAAACUGUGUUCAGUAAGACUAAUCAAAUAGGAGAUCAGGGCAUAUUAGCAAACCAAACCACAAAUUACUUGUGCUCCUUUGUCUAGAUUUCUCAGGUGGUAUUAUCUUGUUUUUAUAAAAAAAAUCACAUUCCAGACAAAUUUCUAGUGUUCACAAAGAGUGGAGUGAAGAAUGUAGUAAGGACUGAACCUGGCAGGUGACAUGCUUUCCCUACCAAUGAGAUAAAUAAUUCAUAGAUCCCUCUACCUGGAUGAAUCUCUUGGUUUAACCCUUUAGGUCUCAUUCAAAUCUCCCUGUAAUGUAAGCCUCAGCAAUCAAACUUGAAAUAGAGAUAUGAUCAUGAUACAAUAAUAAUAACUGUACAUAUAUGUAAAUAAUAUUCUUUCACUUGUUUGGAAUUGUUUGUGAUGAAAUAUAUGUCAAAAACAAUAUUGGCAUAUUAUUAAUAGUGUAUAGAAUCAAUGUAUAUCGUGGGUUUAUGAACAUUGUGAGGUAAACAUUUUCAUUUUACUUUCAUGUUUUGGAAAGGCUAAACAUGUAAAAAAUUCAUCCCUUGUAAGAAUUGUUAGAGAAAAUAACCAUUCUUAAUCAGCAAGUGAUAGAUUUCUCUAAAAGCCUCAGAUCUGGCUGUGUUUAUCAUUAUUCAUACAUUCAAUUAAUGUCUUGUUUGUGUGUUUCAGGUUUAAAAGAAUACUAUUAAUGUUACUUAAUAAGAAAGAGUUAUUUUUAAUAUUCUUGCAUGUGUAUAUAGUAACAACACUGAUAUAAAUUUAUGUACCAAUUUUUCAUGAAUUAUCAUGAUUAGUUCUGAGCUCUUAAAUUAAUGUACCACAAUUUGUGUUCAAUGUAGAUUAAACUUACAAAGACCAAACACAAUUUUUAUUUUUUGCUUUGACUUGUUCUGGCUCUAAGGUUUGGUAUCCUGCUUUUGCAUGCUGUCUGUUAGCUGACUCAGUUUUCAAGUUAGUCAUAAAGUGACAACUCAUAGGGUAAUUUCAAUUUUAGAGCUGGGGUUUCAGGAACUACUUGCACAGGCUGUUUUCCCCAUUUCACGACACAUCUAGUCUGAUAUUUCUCUUUCUUCCCCAAUAACACUACUGGUGUUUCUGGGGUAUGUAGGAGUAUUGAGGGUCUGUCACAAUACUCUGCCACCUCAUGAGAUGUAUGUGCAAAGAGAGGUGUCUCUGGUAUAGUUGAACAGGCUUUCUGUUCUCCCAUCUGAUGUACUGUUAAUGGGAAGUGUGGAGUCCUAGGAAUUAAUGGUUUGCCAAGCUGGUUUGCUUCAGAAAAGUUAUUUAUGUAUAAAGCAGGUGUUUUAGAAAUUUCAAACUUCUUUGCAUCACUUAGUGUUAUUUCUGAUUUUCUAAUUGCUUUAAAUGUCUUCGGUGCUGGAAAUUCUUUAUCUGUAUUGAUGUUUUCAAGGCAAUCUUCUAUGUUGCUAAGCAUUCCCUGAUGAAAGCUAUC